UUUAGCGGGGGCGUCGGGUCAGCGGCCAGCGUGUUGACGGCGCGGGGCCGCAGACUGUGGACUCGCGGUAAACAUCGCUAGUCACUCAUUGACACGCCACAAAGACGCAGAACCCGACGAGCGGCACACCGACGCCGGCCAAAGACUUCCGAACGCCAGCAAGUUCCCACGGACAUGCGCCGCCGCCGCCCGGCCCUCUGCGCGUGCCUGACGCUCGCCAUGUGGGCGGCGUCCGCCCUCAGCCUAUCAGUGUUCUCGCGGGCGCCGGACGCGCACAUGCUGCUGCGCUCGCGUCGCGCCAACUCCUUCCUGGAGGAGCUCAAGCCGCCGUCCGUGGAGCGCGAGUGCAUGGAGGAGACCUGCGACUUCGAGGAGGCCCGCGAGAUCUUCAAGGUCCGAGAAGCCACGCUGGAGUUCUGGACGGUGUACAAAGACGGCAACCAGUGCGAAUCCAACGGCUGCGUCCACGGGAGGUGCGUCGACAUGCUGCAGGAUUACGUGUGCAGCUGCGACCACGGAUACGAGGGCAAGUACUGCGACCGCGCGCUAUCGGCGACCAACUGCAGCGUGAACAACGGCGACUGCGACCACGAAUGCACGGAGAGCGCCGACGGCCUGAGGCGGACGUGCGGCUGCAUCGCCGGCUACAAACUGGACGACGACGCCAAGAAGUGCGUCCCCAAAGGGCCGUCGUCUUGCGGGCAGCUGCUGAUCGGUCGCUCGUCCUACACCGGGCCCGUGGACGGCCUCAUGCCGUGGAUGGUGGGCGGCGAGGUGGGCAAGAAGGGCGAGAGUCCCUGGCAGGUGCUGCUGCAGAACGCCAAGGGCCGCUUCCACUGCGGCGGCGUCCUGAUCGACAGGAACUGGGUCCUGACGGCCGCCCACUGCCUGGACAACAACCUGCGCUUCCGAGCCCGACUGGGUGACUACGAGCGUUUCCGCGACGAGGGCACCGAGGUGAUGCUGAAAGUCAGCGAGGCCUUCCCCCACCCCGACUACGACAGCGCCACGGUGGACAACGACAUCGCCCUCCUGCGCCUGGAGAGCCCGGCGCCCUUCUCCGAGUACAUCCUGCCGGCGUGCCUGCCGGGCCGGGGCCUGGCCGAGCGGGUCCUCCACCGCAACGGGACCGAGACGGUGGUGACGGGCUGGGGCAAGACCAGCGCGGAAAGCCAGCGCUUCAGCUCGGCGCUCAACGUGAUCCGGGUCCCGCUGGUCAGCCGGGACGUGUGCGCCGCCCACAUGUCGCACAACAUCUCGCGCAACGUGCUGUGCGGCGGCAUCCUGGGCCAGAGCGCCGACGCCUGCGAGGGCGACAGCGGCGGCCCCAUGGUGACCCGGCACGCCGGCGCCUGGUUCCUGGUGGGGCUGGUGUCGUGGGGCGAGGGCUGCGGGCGCCACGACAAGCUGGGCAUCUACACCAAAGUGUCCAACUACAACGAGUGGAUCGACGCCGUGCGCCGGGACUGGGACAAGAGCGCGCACCCGCCCCAACGCUGACGCGCACCUCAAUAAACUCCUUUACGCUCGACGUCUUUUCGUUCCUCCGCUGCGUCCGCUCGAGUGACAGAGCGCAAAAUGGCUGCUGCAAAAGCCAAACCAGCGGUUGAGGCCCCGCGUCGACGGCCGGCGAUUCUUUUGCAGCGUCUUCAAGCGCAAAGAGCGCAGAGCGUCCAUUCCGUUCUUGAGAGGAG